AGCACAAAGGCGCACAAAAUUUCCGCAUUCAUUUCUGAGCAUUAUAAAGUUUGAUAUAAAUCAGAAAAAUGCACGCGAGAUUCGCGGAUCCCGAGCCCGCUUCCCCGGACAGCGUGGACAAAAUCGAAUCGGAUAAUUUGGAGAUACGCAUUGAGCAGUUCAAACAAAAUCCUAACAAUAUGGCUGCACUCCACGAGUUUAUCGACGACGUAGUCCAACGUGCCGAAACUGAGGCCAAUAAACGUGCGUUCGAAUCCCAGAAAUCGCAACAGGGCAAGGAGAAGCGACCGAGUUUCGCCAUACCAGAUUUUAAGAACGCCAAGGUAGUGAAUCGCGCCCGCGGAUUUGUAGUGCGCAUGUUUGAUGCCAUUUGUAAUUGCGCCAACAAUAAUGCGGCAGCGGCUACUACGCGCUUCAAGCUUCGCAGCAACAGCGCCGGAGCUGGCGGCGGCAAGCGUCAGCAGUCCCAGGAUGAGCCGGAGACCUUGGUGCUGAGCAAAAAGAAGCCAGCGGAUGGUAAAAAGAAGAAAGGUGUCAGCAUGGCCGACGAUGUGGAAGCAGGCGUUCGACUGGUUGAGUAGACAAGCUACGAACCAAGUAUCAAAAUCAAAAUAAGCCCAAAGCUCAGUGAGGCAAAUUAAAAUGGAAAAUUUAAGCAUCAUGGAUUUUAAUUCUUUUCUGGCGACUAUAGCCUCUGCAUAAUCUGAGCAACUGUUCAAAGCACAAUUUUUGAAAUACUAUGUAAGUCUUGUUAAUACAGGAUCAAUCAAGAAUCACCAGCGCAGCAAUAAUUUACUUUUACCUUAAGUCUAGAUUUUAAAACAAUUUCCUUUGCUCAAUACGGUCAAAGCAAAGUCUUCCCUGUCUGCUACUUUUAACUUAAUGAGCUUAAAUGGCACAAAGUCCUUUGACCCAAAAAAAAAAAAAAAACAAUUGUAUAUCAUAAAACAUAUAUCAGCAUUACUUUAUGAUUUUGUAAACCUAAAUGUGAUCCCGUGAUGUAAAUUUAUGGCAGUCCAAAAUGCACAAGCAAUUUUUAGCUUAAUGAAAAAAGAAACCAAAUAAUUUCUUAAAAAAUUUAAAGACAAUGUCAGAAAUGCGACAUUAAUUGAAAACUACUUUUUAGCUGCUAUUAUAUAAACUCAAGAAAUCUCACGCACAACACAAUCAAUCUUAAAAUUUAGAAAACCAAAGAUAAUCCAAUUGCAUUAACAACAACUGAGCGAAAAGCCGUAGUUAGGGGCUUAUCAAAUAAAAUCCACCUAAUGAACUAACCGAAAAUACAUAUACUAUAUAUUAUGAAUUGAUGUUAACCUAUUUAGCUAUAUAUGUGUAGUUGUAGUAGUAAAUGUUUCAAGAUAUAUAUACAAGCGUAACAUAAAUGUGUACUGAUUUUAUAUACAUAAAUAUAUGAACUAUAUAUGUAGGUAUUUAGUUAUUUACACCGCAAAAAAUAUAAAUCCGUACAAUUUCUAUGCCGCUUACGGUUUCCACAAGACACGCUCUAUUUAUAUUUUUAUGAAAAUCCUUUUUCAAAAAUCAAAGUAUAUCUAAAAACAUAAGAAGCAUGUUUUCUAAAAAGACCGACCAGUCCCUAAGAAGAAUGAUUUUUCCAGCAUUUAGUUUAAGUUUUUGUGUGUUGCUUAAUAAAAAUAAAUGAAGCGUAUCAAUGAUAAUAACAUUACAGAAA